AUGAUGAUGAAGAUCAAUCACACACAUCGUCUGGUGAUUCUUCUGAGCUUUCUUCUUCUGAGUCCUUGUGUUUUUGGUCAACUAGUUCCCAAUUUCUACAAAAAGAGCUGCCCUAAUGCUGAGAAGAUUAUAAAACAAGUUGUCAAAGAACGAUUCGCAAAGGACUCUUCCAUUACUGCUGGUUUACUUCGUAUGCACUUUCACGAUUGCUUUGUUAAGGGAUGUGAUGCGUCCAUACUAAUCAACUCCACAUCGAAGAAGCCCUCAGAAAAAACAGCAGGACCAAAUCUGACCGUACGAGGGUACGAGAUCAUCGACGAGGCCAAGAGAAGGCUCGAAAAAGCAUGCCCUUCAAAAGUCUCAUGCGCAGACAUCAUAACCGUAGCCACUCGCGACUCAGUCUUCCUCGCCGGUGGACCAAACUACCCCGUUCCGACUGGCAGAAGAGACGGACUCGUCUCAAACCCUAACAACGUCAACUUGCCCGGUCCAAGCCAGUCCGUCACCUCAGCCUUCCAGUCCUUCCAAGCCAAAGGACUAACCCUAACCGAAAUGGUGGUUCUUCUCGGCGCGCACACAGUUGGAUUCGCUCACUGCAACUUCUUCUCCGACCGGCUUUCGAACUUUCAAGGCACCGGUAAGCCCGAUCCCACCAUGGAUUCUAAGCUGGUUACCAAGCUUAGAGGUGUCUGUGCAAAAGGGAGUAAUCCAAAGACGUUUUUAGAUCAAAACACUAGUAAUGUUUUCGAUAACGAGUUCUACCGUCAGAUACGCUUGAAGAGAGGGGUUCUGAAGAUUGAUCAGGAGCUCGCUUCGGACUCUACUUCGUCUCGUUUGGUUUCAAAAUUGGCUUCGAAUCCAUUCCAGUUCUCUCAGAGCUUCGCAAAUGCUAUGAUUAAGAUGGGAAAGAUUGAAGUUCUCGUGGGAAAAGCUGGUGAGAUUAGGAAGAAGUGUGGAGCUUUUAACCCUCCCAAGAGCAAGACUAAGUCUAAUUAA